UGUAAUACUUUGGUGGACAAACAGGUUAGUAGCUCAGCUUCUGAGUCACCAAGUUGGGAAGUUUCUCCAUUAGAAGGCGUAAUUGAAGACAUGCUGUUGGGGAUUAGAAGACUUGAACGGUGGCAAACAAUCAAUGCAGUGCUGUGGACAUUUCUGAUGUCUGCUUUUGUUGGCUAUUCAGUCUAUCAAAGGAAGCUCCAAUGA